CUCCUUCCCGCUGGCCCUGGCUCCUCCGCUGCUCCAGCAAUGCCCUCCAACAGGCCGGUAUGCCAGUACUGUCAACGUGUCGGGCAUACUGCUCGAACUUGCUUCAAGAUUCACCCCGAACUUCGGGCCAAUCUCAUUCAUCCUCAAGCUAAUGUCACUACCAGCCAUGGCGCCUCAUCUUCAGCACCACCCUCAUGGCUCCUCGAUUCAGCGGCAUCCCAUCACGUCACUGACAACCUUGGUCAUUUAGCUCUCUCGGAAAAGUAUGACGGUCCAGACACCAUUGCGAUCGGCGAUGGCUCAGCCCAUGGGAACUCCGGUGCUUCGGGGACGCGCUAGAGAUGGUGUGUAUGAAUUUCCAGCUCUUUCUCUCAAUAAAUUGCAG